AUGGAGUCGGCCAACCCGCAGCGAGAUGCGCCGCUGGGAGGCACCGCUAACAACGUCGACAGAGCUGGCCUCGUCGCCAUCAUCUGGACAUGCUUCGGAGUCGCCACCACAUUUGCUUCGGCGCGCAUCGCCGUCAGACUACACACUAGCCGCCGGCUACAAAUCGAUGACUGGUGGAUUGUUCUCGCGUGGGCCGCCAUGCUGACCAUGUGCAUCAUCGAAACGAUAGCGCAAGACGUCGUGUGGUAUGCACUGGGACUACUGGCUGGUCGCUUCAUGCCUGAGGUGGACAGCAUGGUGUCGGACCUGGAGCAGCUUGCUCGAUGGCAAUUUGCCAGUAUUAAGCUCUUCUUUGUAUGCCUGUGGUCUGUCAAAGCGAGCUUCCUAGCUCUCUUUUACCACGUUGUCCAACCAUUUACCACUCGCCGGCGGCUGUGGUAUGUCAUCACCACUUUUGUCACGUUAUCUUUUAUAGGAUGUGUCAUAACGAGCGUCCUCACUUGCGACCCUCCCUCGAAUUAUUUCAAGUUUGGCAAAUGUUCAGGCCCCGCUGAUUUGCGCCGGCAACACUUCAACAUCUUGUUCGCUACGCUGCUAGACAUCGUCUCAGACGUCGUCAUUGUGAGCCUUCCGUUGUCUGUAUUGCCGAUACUAAAUUUAGACAAGCGCAAAAAGAUUGGCCUUGGCGUUAUUUUUACUCUGAGCCUGUUUGUUGUUUGCGUUUCUGUUGUCCGGAUGACGCAGGUUAUUGUUCGAGAUGCCGUCGACGUUGUCGGCCUCAUCAUCUGGAGCACGGUUGAGACUGCGACGGCCGUUAUUAUCGGCUCUUUGCCGGCACUCAGUGGGCUUCUCACCAAAGGCGUACGCAAAUAUAAGAACAAGAAAAUCAAGCGCAACAUGAUUGAAAAUGACUUUCACCCACAAGACUCGUAUCCGUUGGGAUCGAGAUCGCGCACGGUCAUGAUGGCCGAGUCGAUCCCACUAGACGAUUCAACCCGCAGCGAACAGCUAGACGGUGGCAUAUACGUCCAAACAAUGUUUGAGACGCAUAUUGAAGUGGAUGCGGAUGCAUCCUCUCGAGAUGACUUGUCCGACAUUGCUAUUGUCAAGUCUGUCGGGGCGAAGUGUUGA